AGCGCGCGGCAAUCAUGCCUCAUCCGUCGCACGCCUCGCCACAGUCGGAAAACACAAGAAGAAAAUCGCCUUUUACCUAAAAAAUUACCCGCCUUUUCAGCCCUCCCGCUGUCGCGCAACCGCCCCCUUCGUGGCGGAGAAGCUGAAUUUUUUAAAAAACCCAAACUCGUCCACAAUUUGUCUUUUUUAUUUCUCCCGUCAAUGAGACAAAGAGGGCAACAAGACACAGGAGUACAGCUGUGGUGAUGAUGUGCUGUUCCAGGGCUCAUCCUUCAUUUCGCAGGUCAUUCCUUUAACUUGAUGUGUCGACACUCUUCACGCGGUUCAGUUUGGGGAUCUAAACGCCGGAAAGCCACUUUAACGGACCUGAACUGAUGUGACUCAACGAGUGUUUUCAUUCCCCGGAACAAUGAGUCCGUUAGGAGCCUAAAACGUCUUGUGAAAGCCUCAGGCUUGUAAGGGAACUGGCCCGGCUCUUUCAUCCUCCCCCUCUAACAUCCCACUGUGCCGCACCACUACCAUGUCCCUUCCCUACUUUGGCCAUCCCAUGGGAAGUGUACGCCCACCCAGAUAGGAUGCCUGCCUCGCCCGACAUCCUGUAUCCCCUCCUGCCCAUCACCACCUCCUCCUUUUCCUUGCGUGUACCUGCUCUUGCCAACAAUUCCUUGCGGCCCCCCAGGCUUCGCCUUGCCCCGCUCCAACAUGGUGGAUAAGGUAACCACCAUGAAGGAUGAUGUCAUCAACGCCAACACGCUGGCUUGGCUGGUCUGCUCAGGCGUGUCCAUCCUGGCCAACACUUGGAGCAUCCUUAGUGUCAGUGCCAAGCAGAAAAAGUGGAAGCCGCUGGAGUUCCUCAUCUGCACGCUGGCGGGCACGCACAUCCUCAACAUGGCCAUCCCCAUCACCAUGUACUGUGUCAUAACGCUGCGCCGUCAGCACUCCAACUACGAGUGGAACGAGGGUCUGUGCAAGGUGUUUGUCUCCACCUUCUACACUCUCACACUGGUCACCUGCUUCUCCGUCACCUCACUCUCUUAUCACCGCAUGUGGAUGGUACGCUGGCCUGUAAACUACAGGUUGAGUAACACCAAGAAGCAGGCGGUGCACACAGUGAUGGGCAUCUGGAUGGUCUCCUUCAUUCUGUCCACGCUUCCAGCAGUGGGCUGGCACGACACCAUGGACCGCUUCUACACCUCUGACUGCCGAUUCAUUGUGACAGAGAUUGGUCUGGGCUUUGGCGUGUGCUUUCUGUUGCUGAUUGGAGGCAGCGUGGCUAUGGGUGUGAUCUGCAUCGGCAUAGCUCUCUUCCAGACCUUCUCCAUUCAGGCUGGCCACAAUGCUGACAAGAACAAGUUCAACGUCCCCACCAUUGUGGUGGAGGAUGCCCAGGGGAAACGCAGAUCAUCCAUCGAUGGGUCUGAGCCACUCAAGACAUCACUGCAGAUCACCUACCUGAUCAGCGGAAUCGUAUUUAUCUACGACUUCCUGACUGGCUUUCCCAUACUGGUGGUGAGCUUUGCCAGUCUGAAGUUUGACCGCUCCUACAACUGGAUGGUGCUGUGUGUGCUGUGGUGCUCUAUUGCCCAGUCCAUCCUGCUGCCCAUGUUCCUCUGGGCUUGUGACCGCUAUCGGGCUGACAUCCGCAUGGUGUGGGAGAAGUGCGUUGCCAUUAUGUCCAAUGACGACGUGGAUGAGGAAAACAGCCAAGAUGGAGGAAUUCAUGCCGACUUAAUAUAUGACAGACCAUAUGACUAUAGCUCGGCGCCUGAAAUCGUGACGAUAGACCGUAAUGCCAAGUAUGAGUUCUCAACCUUAGAAAGGGGGGUUCUGCAAGGGUAUCCAUUGAGGGAACAACAGGAAGAUAAAAUGCAGUAUUUGCAGGUGCCCCCUACAAGAAGAUACUCCCACGACGAAACCGACAUGUGGACCAGCGACCGGAUCCCCUCAUACCUUCAUCGAUGGGGCUCCACCGAGGACAUGAUAGUGACUGCCCACUACAGCUCCACCUUGCCGCGCCGCGAGAGACGCAGGAGCAGCCUGGUCUCCUACCACGAGGAGAGCCACCAUCACCAUCACCCACAUCGCAAGCGGCGACGCUCUGAGGAUAGUAUGCACUCCCUUAAGCACCUGCCACGUGUGGUUUGUGGUGGGGAGCGCUACGAGGACGAACUGCGGUGUUUUAGCCGCGAUGAAGUGAUCAACUUUAUAGAUGAGACGCCACUGCCGAGCCCCAGGAAGAGCCCACGGCGCACAUCCACCAUCUCACUUAUCCCCAAUGUGUAUGAACAGCACACAGUCAUCCUUCCCCACUUCCCACUCACAGACUUUGAGCGUGAGCCUCAAGUGCUCAGGCGGCUCUCAGAACACAAAAGGAGCAGUAGUCGGGGCAACACGCCUGAGGCGUCCCCAAAAUCAGACAGAGCUGCUGGAAAGAAGAGCCCCGGGGCAUGUGGCUCUAGUAAAGAAUGCAGGGAGCGUGUACGAGACGGGAAACAGCAGUGUGAGGUGGGCUCACCCGGGCGCAGCCAGCAGACUCCAGGGCACUCUGCUUGCAGGCCCAGGACAGGCAGUGGAGCCAGGGCUGGUGCUGGAGCGGACUGGGGCCAUCAGAAGCACCUGAGCAAGGGGGAGAGUAAAGGAAGCACAAACAGUUUUGUAAGCACACCCUCGGCAUCGUCCUCGGGAUACAUCACCUUUCACUCUGAUUCUGUCGGCUCCACCACCUAGAGGCAAAGCUUUUCCUUGUUAAUAUCAACAUUUACUAAAGUUAUUAUCAGAAUUAAAACCACUGGGAUAUUGGUUGUUAUGGAAAAGCUACAUACUGGAUUAUAUGGCCUUUUUACUUGUGCCACUAUUCUGUUUUAAUACAUAUACCACCAGUAAAUACCUGUUAUGCUAAAUGGCCUUGAGGGCUUUGGACAUUAUUUCUGAAUGGGCCUAAUGUUGAUUUCAUAUGUAGGUUGGUGAAAAGGUUGGGUGGUCCUGUUUUUCAGCUUUCACAUCACAAAAUAUCCACUGAGGACACUUUCUUUUUCAGCACUGACACAAACUUCUUUUUUUUAAAUGGCGUGAACAUUCCCACACCUUGUUUUUGCUGUUUGAUGUUGUUUCUUAUGAACUGCUCAGAGAAUUGGAGGAGGUAGUUAUUAGGGUGGUGUUUUUGAGUUUUUUUUAAUUUCUUUUUUUGCACUUAAGAACUUGAACUCAUAUUUUGCCUGUAAUGGCUGUGUGUUUUGUUGUAUGGACACAUUUGCUUUCAAACCAAACUUUCCUAAAAACUGCCAAUGUCCCUUGACUUAAGGACAUGACACAUUAUACAUGUUUAUUUUAUUCUGAUCAUGAUGUACAACUUUUCACAUUAUUAUUCACACCAGAUGAGUUUUUUUUUCAAGCACCCUAUGUUGGAGUAAAAAGAGUAGUAAUCCCAAAUUCUUUACUAGUUUUUACAGUUACUGUGUGAGAUAUUGAGAUAUAAUGUGAUGAAGACCCCUACAUUUUUAAGGACAAUGUGAAGUCAGUUUUUAAUGAAGAUUGACGUGUCAUGUAUAUAUGAAGGAUGUUGGAUUAAUGGUUUUGGUGUUCUUUUUUGUUUAAUGGGACCUUUGCUUAGAACAUUUUCUCUCAGAUCUUAUUAUCCCAAUGAUUGUGCCAACUUUGGAGAUCAUCAGGCACAACCGUUGCUCACCACAUUCCAUAUUUACAUAAACAUCAGACUAAUACAGCUGGAAAUGCUGCUUUGUCCCCUUCAAAUCCGCACAUCAGCCUGACCUCAUCCCUUGUUUGUUUCAAUAUUUGCAAAUUAUAGAUUUAUGUUGAAUUAUCAGCAUUUAAAAAGCAGACAUUACAUUUGAUAUGUUAUCUCAUAACAUGGACCAAGACUACUAAUGGUUCUAUUCUGGGAGGAUUUCUAAGCGUGAAGUCACUUUUUAUCUAAAGUCAUGUAGGCCUACAUUAAAUGUAAGCAUCCCCACAGCCUCAGUAAGGGAUGCUGAGGGAAAAUUGCGGUUUAUAUAGAUAAAUAUAUAUAUAUAUAUAUAUAUACACGGCUUAUAGCCCAACACUAUAUUUGAUUAUUUCAUGAUGCAGCCAAAUAUACAAAGUCAAGGACAAAAAUACUACCAGUCAAGCAUCUUCUAAUGCCCCAUAAUUUUGAGAAAUUCUCACUUAGCACCCACACUCAUCAUGGACAUUGCAGUCAACUUUAAAAUGCAGCUGACUUUACAAAGCCUAUUGUUAAAUUAAUGAAGAACUUCUCAUGUUUACCAAAUGGGACGACCUGCUGUUUAAGAUGAGUAACAACUUCACUAGUGACAAGAACUAGCUUUGAGUUGUGACCUUUCAUAGCCCAUAACUGCCAACAUGAAUGUAUUUGGUCAUUAGGUGUAAGUUUCUAAAUAAAUUAUGAAUAGUAUAAGGUUAACAUGAAAUGAAAAUUUCCCCUUUGACAGCCUUAUUAGCUGUGAAACUUUUUUGCUAUUUACCAUCCAAGUUAAUAAAGUUGCACGUGUUUGUAUAAUCUCACCCAUUUGCGGUCAUUUAAAUGUUUAGUUUUUUUAAAUCCUCAUGUAUUAGUGUACUUCUCGUUCAUUGCAGCUUAUUCAAUUGAACUGAAUUAUUGUUUUUAGCUAAAACAGUAUAUUCUUUGGAACUAUAACAUCACACUCCUCUGUCAAUCUUGGCUAUGUCAUAGAGUUUUGCAUUCAUUUUGUUGUGUUUACAAUAUUCAAAUCUAAUUUUGUAACAUAUUCAAAGAUUUAUUACUCAACUAUGAAUGAUGUUAAAUGUUAUGAUUUUCUUGUUCAGAU